AUGGGCACACUGCGUCAACUGGUGACGGUCGUGUGGAAGGAGCUGUGCCUGCGCGCCAUGCUGCGCCAGGGUUGGCUCUCGCUCUCCGAGUGCCUGCUUGCACCGCUGCUCUGUUUGGUGCUCUUGCUGACCACGGGACCGCCGUUCGUGGACAAGCUCCGCGACGUGCCGCUGAGUGGGGUCCACCUGCUCGACUGGCCGUGCGCCGUGGUCGAGAAGCAGCUGGUGUUCCGGCGCGUAGCGUACGCGCCACACGCGCCCUACUCGAUGCGCCUCAUGGAGGCCACGUUCCGCGAGUUCAGCCCGGUGGAGGGACUCGUGGGCUUCCAGGAUCCCCAGGCGGUGACCGAGUUCACGCGCACCAAGGCCAACGACUCGGACGCCUUUGACCUGGUCAUCGUUUUCGAAAACCUACGCAGAACCGACGACCAGCCGCCGGAGGAUCUUCGCUACACCCUGCGCUACAACACGAGCCGGCUGUACCUGCUGGACGACCGCGACGACCGGCGCGGCUACUACCCGCUACGGCGCGACUACGUGGUGCCGCUCGUGUGCCUGCUGGGGGACAGCCACCUGCGGCUCACGGCACAGGCCCUGGGCAGGCCGGACCCGGGCUACCGUUGGCGAACGCGCUCCUUCAGUAACAACAAAAGCCCGAGGACGGUGGUGCACCGGGACUACAGCGCCCUCGCCUUCGAGCUGGGCGUCGUGUGGCUGCUGCUCAACUACGCGGCAGACACGGUCGGCGACAAGCGGACGCGGCACCGCGAGUUCCGCCGCAUCAUGGGCCAGACUGCGUUCGUCUACUGGUUCGAGGUGCUGCUGCGUGGCCUCGGACCCAUGCUGGCCUCGUGCUGCGGGCUGCUGUUCGUGGUGACCAGCGUGCCUGACCGUUUCGGCUUUUCCUACCUGCAGUACACGGACCCGACUGUGUUGCUCACGCUGCUGUACACGUACGCGCUGCACUUGCUCACGUUUGUGACGCUCGUCACCACCUUCUUCACGUCGGAGACGCUAGCCGUGCUGGCCACCUGCUUCGCGGUGCUCAUCUCCUUCCUGCCAUACCUGCUCUUCGUCGAGAUGACGUUUCCUUGUCGCCUCCUCUGCUGCAUGCUGCCAAACACGGCGUUUCAACUCGCCAUGGACAUCAUCGUCACCUUCGAACGAGACAUUUUUCGCUCCCAAGAGCUCACCAUUCCGAGACGCUCCAGCACCAACCCGUCACUGCAGCCGUUAACCUUCCCCUCACGAUCGUCGUUCCCGGUCGCCUGUGCAUCGCUGCUAUACAUCGCCGCACCCUUCGGGACACUCUGCCCAGGAAAACCGAACACUGCAGUUCCCAGAGGUGACGCUGCAUAG